AUGAAUGAAAAGAACUCUUCCGAGGCGGCUCCUCAUUCAGAGUUCGUCCAAGAGACGCCCCCGGAAGCGGCUGAGGCCACAGCGCCACGCCGGGCCGCCGCCAUCAACAUCAUCCAGAAUCCCCUGACGCGUGUUUCGAAAGAACAGGCGGUCGUCGAUGCCCAGGCAUUUGCCGAGUCGCACAAUAUGUCCGAGCACGCGGAUCUAUUUGGCCGCGCUGCGAUCGUCGCACGAGAUCCCUCGGGCUUCGACGACAUGCCCGAGCUGGAUGAGCAAGAGCGGGCCGCACUGGCAUAUGAGCGGAAGCACAAAUGGCAUGGACCCUUCAUGCUUUGGUACUCGAUCGCGUUGUGUGCUGUCGGAGCCGCGACUCAAGGAUGGGAUCAGACUGGAUCCAAUGGAGCGAACUUGUCCUUCCCUGAAGAGUUCGGCAUUGCAGGUACAGGCCGAGAUGAGUGGAUUGUGGGAAUUGUCAAUGCGAUUAUUUUCCUGACGGCCGGUUUAAUUGGUGCUUUCAUCGUCGAUCCUCUGAACCACUACUUUGGGCGACGUGGUGAGAUCUUCAUCACGGCUUGCUGUUUGACUGCGACUCCAAUUGGCUCUGGAUUUGCCAAGUCGUGGCAAGGCCUUUUCGCAGCGCGAUUCGUGAUGGGCAUUGGCAUCGGUGCGAAGAAUGCGACAGUCCCAAUCUACUCCGCCGAAAUGGCUCCACACAGAAUUCGUGGAGCUCUCGUCAUGUUCUGGCAGCUGUGGGUUGUGGCCGGUAUUUUCCUCGGCUUCUGCGCCAACGUUAUUGUCAAAGAUACAGGCAAAAUCUCCUGGCGUCUCCAGCUGGGCUCUGCAUUCAUCCCCUCGUUUAUUCUCGGCUGCGGAAUCUGGUUCUGCCCCGAAUCCCCCCGUUGGCUGAUGAAGCACAACCGGCAUGCCGAAGGUUUCAAAUCUAUGGUGCGCUUGCGCGCGCAUCCUAUCAUCGCCGCCCGAGACUUUUACUACUCCCACAUCAUCUACGAAGAGGAGAUUAAGGAAGCGCGCGGAGCGGGAUACUUCUCUCGAUUGUGGGACUGCUUCGCAGUGCCCCGAAUCCGACGUGCUAAUUACGGUGCUUCAACGGUCAUGAUUGCCCAGCAAAUGUGUGGCAUUAACAUUAUCUCUUUCUACAGCUCAACUCUCUUCACCGAUGUUGGCUACACAGAUGUCCAAGCCUUGUAUGCAUCUCUUGGAUAUGGUGCCAUUCAGGUUGUCGCAACCAUCCCGACAUUGUUCCUGAUUGACACUAAAGGCCGCAGAACAUUAACUCUGAUUACAUUCCCACUCAUGUGUAUCUUCCUUUUGGCCGCCGGCUUGUCUUUGCUCAACACAACCGGUAGCCACGGAUCACGAAUCGGGCCUGUUGCGCUCUUCGUUUACUUGUUCACCAUUGCCUACUCGCUAGGUGAAGGACCCGUCGCUUUCCAGUACUCGGCCGAGGUUUUCCCCACCAUCCAGCGUGAGCAGGGCAUGGCUUGGGCUGUCUGCAUCAACAACACCUUUGCUGGUAUUCUGAGUUUGACAUUCCCCCGCAUGAGGACCGUCAUGACGCCAACUGGCGCCUUCGGAUUCUAUGCCGGGCUUAACCUCAUCGCUUGGGUGAUGAUAUUCUGUUUCGUGAGAGAAACCAAGCAGCUUACCCUGGAGGAGUUGGAUCAGGUCUUCUCGGUCCCGACGAAGAAGUAUAUCAGCCAUGAGCUGACUGUUUGGCUGCCGUGGUUCAUCAAACGCCACAUCUUCCGACAGAACAUCCCCAAGCCUCCGGCCAUCAUCGCGACUGCCAAUGAGGCCAACGGACUGAAGCAAUCCGACUACUAUCCUUCCAAAAUCGCUCCAGUCGGUGGAGCUGUGAUGGGCGCUCCCGCAUGA